AUGAGUUGGUUAAGAACAAAAACAAUCGGAGCCAAGAAAAGGCAGAGGAACGUCAAAGAGAACGGCGAGGUAGUUCUCAAGGAGCUAAUUGAAUGUUGUGAUGGAAAAUGCAAUCCAAUCAAGAACUUCUCUUCCAAGCAGAUCAUCAAAGCAACGGAUAACUUCAGCCAGAGCAACCGUGCUUCCAGGAUCGAUGUUUAUUACCGCUGCUACAAAGGCGUCCUGGACGAACGUCCUGUGCUCAUCAAGAAAGGGAAAUACGAGCUUGAUACCAAAGAGAUUUGCCGCGACAUAGCGGUCUCAUCGAUGGUUAGUGGUCACAAGAACUUCCUCAAACUGUUGGGAUGUUGUCUUGAGUUCACUCCUCCUGUUUUAGUUUUUGAGUAUGCAGAGAUUAUAACUCUCGGUCCACUUCUUGCAUCGUCUAAUCCGAGAAACCUGAGGAGGAUAAAGAUAGCAAGAGAAGUCGCAAAUGCUUUGACUUACCUUCACACAGCGUUCUCAAGAGCUUUCAUCCAUUCAAAUCUUGAUCCUUUCACCAUUUUCUUAGACGGGAAUGGUAUCGCCAAGCUCGGGAAUUUCUGCAACUGUAUCUCGAUUCCGGAAGGAGAGACAUUUGUUCAAGAUGAUGCGUUACAGAAGUAUCAUGAGUUUAGGCGAAAUACGUUAAAGGAGACACAUGGACUUGGUGUGUGUUACUUACCAGUUAUCGAUCAUGAAUACAAGUCAACCGGUAAGGUCACGACAAAGACUGAUGUCCAUAGCUUUGGAGCGUACAUGUUAGCUCUUGUGCAGAUAGCAGAAGUUGAUGAUGAGCUAUCUAUGUGUUCGGAUAUGUUGCGAGCAUUAGGUGACUUGUUCAUCAAACCUUGUGACGACGAUGAUCGAUUCCCGCUUCACCAUCAUGUGUCCAAGAUAUUGAGGAGGUUCGGGUAUGGAGAGGCUAUAGAUUCAGAUGUGAGUAGUGGUGUAGCUGCUUCACCGGUUAGAGCUUUUCUUAGAUUAGCGUUGAGAUGCAUCGGAUGCAACUUAGGAGAGCCCUUGACUAGCAUGAUUCAAGUGUCAAAUGAGCUCAGGCUGAUUGAGAAAUCUGCAUAUGGAGAUCGCAGAGAUGGUUCUAAGGUGAUUUCAUCUAAUGUUUUAAUGUCUUUGACAAGUGACAUCACACGAAGAUCUUUAUAA